AUGCCUACCGGUACCCGCCUGCGCGAUGUGCGAGCAGUGAUAUCACAAUAUAGCUCGCUACCAACGAAUCAUGAUGACCUCCCUGCUACAUUCAGACUGAGGCUCAAGCUGGGUCAGCCAUAUGCGGGGCAGAUGGGAAGAUGGCAUCAUCAAACACGUCGUUCAGCUCUCGUACUUGAUGCUGGAAAGCUUGUGGCUCUUCUCAGCUGCCUGGCAAAUUUGCUAGGCUAUCUCACUAAUACUGAAUUCUACGUUCUCGCCAAAGAUAUCCCAUCGCGCUUCGGCCAACAGCUUGAACUCGAUGACAACAAGUCAAGACGAGUCCUCAUCGUCUUACUUAGCUUCUCAUCCACUUUGGCUAAGCCCAUGGCGGUUCCCAUUACAAACCUGAUGCAAGGCUCGAGCUAUGGUGAAGAAGUGAAGAACAACAACGCCACUUACAGAGUCAAAGUCAGACAACCCCAAUCGGUUACAUGGUCCAACCUGCUCGUUUGGACUGUCGCUAGUGGAACAUACUGCAUUCGCGAUCAUCAGAGCGAGAUGCGGCUCACCAUCCCGGCGCCCCCAACGCCGUCCCGAGAUGAUCGCCAUGACGAAUGGACAGGCCUCCCCCUUGGCGUAGCCCACUCGCUCCUACCUAACUCUGCAGGUUGGACGUUGUAAACGCGCGUUGAAAUUACGAAGAGACAAUCCAGCUGCGUUCAUGUGCCUCGCUCCAAACCUCCAAAGUGAUGCGAAACACCCCUUUGACGUCAUGCCUUUUGCCCCCACGCCCAUGGCAGAAUCACGACCGCAGAACGACUGCACAAUGCUGAAAUCGGGCACGUGGCACGUUACAUCAUCACUCCAUCGCCAUUGGCCACGGGCGUCUCGAAAUAAACGGCCUUGAAUCAUCUCCCGAGUCGACCGUUUGGAUGGCAACACGACAAUAGUGCGGACGUUUAAUCACAACGUUAACGAGCCAGUCGGGCGCUUGCCUCCCUGAGCCUCGGCCACGUAUAUCCUGACGUCGCGAGACCAUCCUUUGCGGCAGUCUCUCCGAACCCAUUUG